AAGAGAGAGAGAGAGAGAGAAAAAUGGAGAGUAAAACAGAGAGAAGGGUGGGCUUCUGAGUUGGUUUUUCUUUGGGGUGUCUGAAUCUUUAAUCCCAUUGCUUUGUCCUCAUUGCUUUUAUAUUUUCACGGUUGAUCCCAUGCUAUUCUCGCUGACUUCGAUCCUGCCCUAUUGUCUUCUCUGCCAAUUCUUCAGAUCGAUCAGAACGAAACCCCUCCUCCUCCUCUUCCUUCAAAUAUAAACAAGCCCACCGUAAAUAUCACUUCUUUAUAAAAAGAAUAGCAAAAAAAAUCUCUGCUUUUCUGUACGUGGUUAAGUUUCUUUAGAAAGCAAAAGAAAACGAUCAAAUGGGAACUGGGUGGAGAAGAGCUUUUUGCACAACCGUUUCCCGAGACUCACCAGACUCGAGAGUCUCCGAAAGGCAACAAUCAUCAGGUCGGAGCACAAGCCCUAGCCCCAGCCCCAGAAGCCGCACCAGGUUGAGCUUCUUCUCCGGCGGAAGCAACCCUUCAACUCCCAGCUUACUCUGCCGAACAAAUUCAUCGUCCGAAUCCACACCGGUCGCCGAAAGCCCGAGAAUACUCGAAUGUAAGACCAGUUCGAAUACUCCGAGGAGUAGUUCCAAGAGCCCAAGAACUUCCUUACUCGGAUCUAACCCAACUUCUCCUCGAUCUCCUCUCAAGUUGUCCCUCUUCAAAAAUAGCUUCAAAUUCAGAAGUAGCUGUGGAAUCUGCUUGAGCAGCGUGAAGACUGGGCAAGGGACGGCCAUUUACACGGCGGAAUGUGGCCAUGCCUUUCAUUUUCCAUGCAUCGCCGCCCAUGUCAGGAAGCAUGGAAGCCUCGUCUGCCCUGUCUGCAACGCCACCUGGAAAGACGUUCCUCUCCUCGCCGUACACAAGAAUAAUCAUCUCCUUAAUCCUGAAUCUGCCGGAGAAGAACAAGAGGACAAGGAUAAAGUGGUUAAGCCUAACCCUGAGGAUAAAAAGAUUGUCGAAUCUUCGCCUUCGCCGAGAGCGACGAUGCAACAAACAAUCCGGUCUUACGAUGACGACGAGCCUCUGCUUUCUUCCACUGCAAACGCUAAGAUUAGUCCUAUUCCGGAAGCUGAUGAGGACGCCGAUGAAGAAGAGGAAGAUGUUGAAGAGUUCCAAGGAUUCUUCGUCAAUCCUAACCCGUCCUGUUCGACUAAAUUCUCCAACGAAGCUCGUAUCGAUAAUGCCAGAGAUUUGAGGAGCAAUGUGCAAGUGAGAUUGCUUCCGGAAGCUGCUGUGGUUUCCGUCAGCAGUAGCCACCAGACCUACGCGGUGGCGCUGAGAGUGAAGGCUCCGCCUCCGCCGCAACCGUCGGCACGCAACAGAGGCGAUUCAGCUCACCGCGCACCGGUCGACUUGGUGGUGGUACUUGACGCGAGCGGGAGCAUGACCGGUGCCAAGCUCCAGAUGCUGAAGCGCGCCAUGCGAUUGGUCAUUUCCUCUCUCGGCUUGGCUGACCGACUCUCGAUCGUGGCUUUCUCGGCUGCGCCAAAGAGGCUACUUCCCUUGAGGAGAAUGACGUCGCAGGGCCAGCGCGCGGCUCGGCGUAUCGUCGACCGGCUCGUCUGCGGCCAAGGGACAAGCGUCGGCGACGCAUUGAGGAAGGCCACGAGGGUUCUGGAGGAUCGCAGGGAGAGAAAUCCCGUCGCGAGUAUCAUUUUGUUAUCCGACGGCCAGGACGACGGCGGCGGGGGGGGGGCCCACCACCACAACAAUCAACGGCAGCCGCCGAACGGGUCGUCCACGCGGUUCGCACACAUUGAGAUCCCGGUCCACGCCUUCGGCUUCGGGAAAAACGGCUUCAGCCACAGCCAUGAGCCGGCUGAGAACGCCUUUGCGAAGUGCGUCGGAGGUUUGCUGAGCGUCGUCGUGCAGGAUUUGAGAAUCCAGCUCGGAUUCCCCUCCGGCGACGCUGAGAUCUCCUCCGUCUACUCCUGCUCCACCGGCCGUCCGACGGCGCUGGGCUCGGGAUCUGUGCGGAUAGGUGAUCUCUACGCGGAGGAAGAGAGAGAGCUUCUGGUGGAGCUCAGACUCCCGACAGCGGCUGCGGGGACCCACCGAGUAAUGUCCGUGCGGUGCCUCUACAAGGAUCCGGCGACGAAGGAGGUCGUGUACGGAAAAGAGCAGGGAAUCAUGGUUCCACCACCGCUGUCCGUCCGAUCAUCCAGACCGAAGAUCGAGCGGCUGAGGAACGUCUUCAUAGCGACUCGCGCCGUCGCGGAGUCGCGACGGUUGGUGGAAAGCGGUGGAGACUUCACCAGUGCUCAUCAUCUCUUGGCUUCAGCUCGCGCACUGCUGAUGCAGUCGAGUCUGGACUCGGCUGAGGAGUGCAUUCGCGGCUUGGAAGCCGAGCUGGCGGAGCUUCACUGGAGGAGACAGCAUCAGGUGGAUCAGCAGAACCAGAAUCACCAUCAUCAUCAGAUGAUGAUGGGGAUGAUCCAACGGCGGAGAGGGGGCGAGAGGGAGACGUUGACAGUUGUGGAUGAGAAUGGGGACCCGCUGACGCCAACCUCGGCUUGGCGCGCGGCUGAGAAGCUGGCUAAAGUGGCUCUCAUGAAGAAGUCGUUGAAUAGAGUCAGCGACUUGCACGGCUUUGAAAACGCUAGAUUCUAAUGUGUUAUUUUUUUUUUUUUAGGAAAUAAAUGAAAAAUGUCUUUUAUAUAAUUUUCUGAAAUUAAAAAAAAAGGACAGAGGGAGAAGUUGUGGCCAAUGAUACAAGAGGGACAAGCUGGUAUCAGACGGCGCGGGCCUUUUAUGAGAGAGAGAGAGAGAGGCAACCCAAUGGGUCUACUUCUUGUCCCUUUUUUGGAGCUUUGGAAUUUUUCUUUUCUUUUUCACUUUUAAUGCCACACAAAAGUCUCUUUUGAGGUUUCAGAUUUGGGAUUUGAAGUAGAAUGCUGAAGUGAACUUGUACUGCUCUAGGGAUUUUCAUCGUCACCCAAAAAGAAAUUUGUAAAUGAUGAUCUUCUUUUAUAUUAGUGCCA